GUGAGAAGUGUGUGUGUGUGUGUGUGUUUCUCAAUUUAAAUGAGUGGAAAGACAGAAGGAACAUCAUCUUAUCAGAAGAGAGCACUCAAGAAUAACAGAAUUAUAUCUUCUGUUGUACAUUAUUCCGAUUCAAGAAAGAGCACUGGAGUUUCAGCAACAUUUACACCUGGAAAGAAAUCUAUCUAUAGGUCAUAUUUUAGGUGUGAUAAUAAUAACAAUGUCCACCGGUUCGCAGAGUGACGCCGACGAUGCACCAGAAACAUCGUUCACACGCCUGGAUUCUCACUCUGAAGAUGACUUUAACGAUGACGAAGGACUCAACACCAAACCUAAACAAGCGAACAUGCAAAAGCGAGUGAAAAGCCCCAAAGAUGGACGACAGACACAGCGUCACGCAGCAAACGCACGUGAAAGAGCGAGGAUGAGAGUCCUAGCCAAAGCCUUCUCACGCCUGAAGACGAGUUUACCCUGGGUUCCGGCAGACACCAAACUGUCCAAACUGGACACACUGAGACUCGCCUCGAGCUACAUUAAUCAUCUCAGACAGCUGCUGCAUGAGGACAAAUAUGAAAAGACCCUCGUCCAUCCAGUAAAUUUGUCAUGGCCUUUUGUGGUUUCAGGAAGACCAGAUGACACAAAAGAUAUUUCGACUUUCAGACUGUGCGGAGCUACAGCUUAGAUAUCCAUCAUUCUUUCCUCUGUUCUUUUUCCUUCUCGAUUCCUUUUUUAUUGAAAUGACAUAGACACCACGAUACGUACUGCCAAAACUCGGGUAUUUCUCUUUCUUUGCUGUAACUCUUUUUCAUUUUUUUUCUCUUUUUUUGUGCUAUACAAUGAGCCAGAAUUGAAAUAUACACAAUUUUCCUCGGCCACAUGUUUUGAUAUCUUUAGGAGAUCACUGGAGAUAUGAGGCUGUUCAGAAUCUCCAUCAGACUUACUCCUGUAAGACAUUGUAAAGGGACAAAAGGAUCUUGCAGAGCUAAAGAUAGUUGACAUUGAGAGGCAUGGCCUAAAAAUUAAAGGUGCAACUGUAUGCUGAAAGUAAUUGGUAUAUAAAAUAUUUGAAAUACAUGUUCAACUACUUCCUACAUCCUCAAAAUAAUAUCUUCUCCAAGACUUUUAAAUUACUUUUUUUUCCUGUUUCUUUCUCAUUCUUACUCUCAUUCUUUUUUCUUUAUUUUUUUAAUAUCCCAUAAGCACAAAGUGUGUGUGUGUGUGUGUGUGUGUGAAGUUCACUUCAUAGAUAACUAAAUUCAGACCUUCAUUUAGAGUGUGUUUGUUCAGUAUAAAUUCAUCACCGAACCUAGGAUGUUUUAUAUUUUGUGAACACUGUUUAUAUGUCACUGUGUGAAAUUAAAUAUCUAGUCUCUCUCUCACUCUUUUUUUUUUGUGUGAGAUGCUUGCAUUUUUUCCCCAGUUAAUAUGCAUGAUUUUUCACUGUUUAUUUAUAUAUAUAUUUUUUUUUUAAAGGUGUGAAAUGUCAGGAAUGAUUUGAAUUUUUUAAUCAUAUUGGACUCUAUUUUUC